GAGUUCCUUUUAGAGAGUUGUCUGGCGCCCCUAGGUAUUCUCUACCUACCCACCUGUGUCGGUUGCGGGUACAGGUACCCUUUAGGUCGUUCGAGCGGGAAGCUUACCGUCCUCGGUCCCUUCUCUUCGAUGGAGAUGAUGAAUUGCAGUGGAAUCGAAGGAUUCGGAGGAGUGGAUGGAGAUGAGAGGCGAUGGAGAAGGAAUCGGAGAAGAGGCAAAGGCAAAGGCAAAGGGGAGGGGUUGAGAGGCGAUGGAGAACAAAUCGGAGAAGAGGCAAAGGCAAAAGGGGCAGGGGCAAAGGCAAAGGGGAGGGGCGGCAAAGGGGAGGGUUGAGAGGCGAUGGAGAAAGAAACCGAGAAGAGGCAAAGGCAAAAGGGGCAGGGGCAAAGGCAAAGGGGGGGGCUGAGAUUAAUAAAACGGCGUCGUUUUGGGUUAGGACUCCAAAUUUUUUUUGGGAGUCAGGACUGAUGGCCACUUUCCCAAUAUAUAUAUAUAUAUAUUAGUGCUAUUUAUAUUCCUUAUUUCAAUGAUGAAUUUCUUUAUGGAGUAGUGGUUACUGGCUUUGGUGGUGUUUGGAUAUUUGAUUCUGAUUACCUCUACUUGAGGCUCACUUAGUUUACUUUGACAAUUUGCUGUUGCUAUUUCAUUUUUACUUUUACUUCAAGGAUAUUGCUUUUUAUAGCUACAAAUUGCUAAUUACCUAAUACAACUUACAAUAUGCU